CUACAUUUCUUCCAUCUCCCCGAAGCCCUCUCGCCUACAUUGCUCCUCUCCCCGAAACCUUCGCUGUGCCUCAAUCCCGCUUCUGUUUCCUCCAAAACCAUCGCCUUCGUCACCGAACCCUCGAGAUACAGUCUCAAUUGGAGCUAGCUGGGAACGUAACGACGGGAUCGCGGCUUACAGAGACCCGAAACUCCCAUUUUUUUUCCUUCUUCUGCUCCUCUCCUACCCGUAACCAUUAAGGAAGAUCCAAUAACCAAUCUUCCAUCUUGAGAAAGCAUGGCAACAUCUUCUGUGUCGUUCAAGUCUCGGGAAGACCAUAGAAAACAACUAGAGUUGGAAGAAGCCCGUAAAGCUGGGCUUGCUCCAGCUGAGGUUGAUGAAGAUGGUAAAGAGAUCAAUCCUCAUAUCCCUCAGUAUAUGUCGUCAGCACCUUGGUACCUUAAUGCCGAGAGACCUAGCUUAAAGCAUCAAAGGAAAUGGAAAUCUGAUCCCAAUUAUACAAAGGCAUGGUAUGAUAGAGGUGCAAAGAUUUUUCAAGCUGAUAAAUAUAGGAAGGGUGCCUGUGAAAAUUGUGGGGCUAUGACUCAUGACAAGAAAGCAUGCAUGGAGAGGCCUCGGAAGUUGGGAGCUAAAUGGACGAAUAUGCAUAUAGCUCCCGAUGAGAAGAUUGAGACGUUUGAGCUCGACUAUGAUGGAAAACGUGAUCGUUGGAAUGGGUUUGACCCAUCCAGUUUUGCUCGUGUGGUGGAGAGAUUCGAAACCAGGGAGGAAGUUAGGAGGAAAUACCUUAAAGAGCAGCAGAUAAAGAAGCUAGAGGAGAAACAGAGUGAUCAGAAUGGUGAAGGUACUGUUAGUGAUGAGGAUGAUGAUGAAGAUGACUUGAAGGUGGAUGAAGCCAAAGUUGAUGAGAGCAAGCAGAUGGACUUUGCAAAAGUGGAGAAACGUGUUCGUACGACUGGUGGUGGAAGUACUGGAACUGUCAGAAAUUUGCGUAUUAGAGAGGACACUGCAAAAUACCUGCUGAAUCUUGAUGUCAAUUCGGCUUACUACGAUCCCAAAACUCGCUCGAUGCGCGAAGAUCCUUUACCUGAUGCUGAUGCGAAUGAGAAGUUCUACGAAGGUGAUAACCAAAAUAGAAUCAGCGGCCAAGCAUUGGACUUCAAGCAGCUUAACAUUCAUGCUUGGGAAGCUUUUGAAAAAGGGCAGGAUGUUCACAUGCAAGCUGCUCCAUCUCAAGCUGAAUUGCUAUUUAAAAACUAUAAAAUUCUUAAGGAGAAAUUGAAAUAUCAAAAUAAGGAUGCCAUCAUGCAGAAGUAUGGGAAUGCUGCCUCCGAAGAAGCUCUUCCAAUGGAACUUCUUCUCGGGCAGAGUGAGAGAGAAGUCGAAUACGACCGUGCCGGGAGAAUUAUAAAAGGACAAGAGGUUGCACUUCCCAAGAGCAAGUAUGAGGAGGAUACUUAUGUAAAUAAUCAUACGAGUGUAUGGGGUUCUUGGUGGAAGGACCACCAGUGGGGUUACAAGUGCUGUAAACAGGCGCUUCGUAAUAGCUACUGCACAGGCUCCGCUGGAAUUGAGGCUGCUGAAGCUGCAGGAGAUUUGAUGAAGUCCAAUAUUGCUCUUAAGGAGGCUACAGAAGAGACCCCAGAGCAGCAUGAAGAGAAGAAGCUAGCUACAUGGGGAACUGAAGUCCCACAGGAUUUGGUUCUUGAUCAAAAACUUCUUGUGGAGUCUCUUAAGAGGGAGGAUCUAAGGAAGAAGGAAGAGAAGGAUGAAAGAAAAAGAAAAUACAAUGUCAAGUGGAAUGAUGAGGUUACUGCUGAAGACAUGGAGGCAUACAGAUUGAAAAGGAUUCAUCAUGAUGAUCCAAUGAGGGAUUUUCUCCAUUAGUCAGUUCAGUUCUUCUUUUGGGGUUAGGCAUACCUUAUCUUGACUAGAUCAAUUUAAUGUGCAAGUCCAAUGCCAUUUAGAGGCUCUAUAAAGUUAAUUCUUCAUUUGCUUCUUGGUGCUAUAAUUCUCAUCGCUCUUUAUGGUUCAAGAGGUGGAUAAAAGUAUACUUCUUUUUGGAAGAAUCUCAUGCAAGUGGCUGUUGAGAUUAGAAUUAGGAUUAGAAGAGAGCUUACUUUUCAAGUCAAUUAUAAUGUCAACCUAUCUUUGACCCUUGGGUGGAUGGUAUUUCCCUCUAUGAAAAAUUUUAGUAAUUCUAUCUUUGCUAUAUUCUCUAACCCUAUCUAUGUCAAAGCUUCUGAUAGAA